UAUAUAAAGAGCUUUCAUUUCUUGAUUUUCCACUAUAAAGAGCUUCCAAAAAUUUCUUUAACACUCAAUUCUUCAUCUAAAAAAAAAAAAAAAACUUUGAGAGAUGGAGGGAAUAGAGCACAGAACAGUGGAAGUUAAUGGAAUCAAAAUGCAUAUUGCAGAAAAAGGAAACAAACAAGGACCAGUUGUUCUGUUCCUUCAUGGCUGGCCUGAACUAUGGUACUCGUGGCGCCACCAGAUUAUUGCUCUCAGUUCACUCGGUUACCAUGCCGUGGCUCCGGAUUUACGUGGCUAUGGUGACACUGAUGCUCCAUCUUCAAUAAGUAGUUAUACAGGUUUUCAUAUUGUUGGUGACAUCGUUGCUCUAAUUGAUUCACUUGGUGUAGAUCAAGUUUUUCUUGUGGCUCAUGAUUGGGGUGCUAUCAUUGGUUGGUAUCUAUGUAUGAUUCGUCCUGAAAGAAUCAAAGCAUAUGUUUGUCUCAGUGUUCCUUUUCUCCGUAGAAAUCCUAAAAUCAAGACUGUUGAUGCCAUGCGUGCUGCUUAUGGAGAUGAUUACUAUAUCUGCAGAUUUCAGGAGCCGGGCAAAAUGGAAGCUGAGAUGGCUGAAGUUGGCACUGCAUAUGUGCUGAAAAAUAUACUCACAACUCGUAAAACUGGUCCUCCAAUACUUCCUAAGGGAGAGUUUGGAACUGGAUUCAACCCGGAUAUGCCUGACACUUUGCCUUCUUGGCUCACAGAAGAUGAUCUUGCUUAUUUUGUCUCCAAAUUUGAAAAAACUAGCUUCACCGGAGGAUUGAACUACUAUAGAAACUUCAACCCAAAUUGGGAACUCAUGGCUCCAUGGAAUGGAGUGAAAAUCAAGGUGCCUGUGAAAUUCAUUACUGGUGAGUUAGACAUGGUGUACACCUCCCUAAACAUGGAAGAGUAUAUCCAUGGUGGAGGAUUCAAGGAAGAUGUCCCAAAUUUGGCGGAAGUGAUUGUGCAGAAAGGAGUGGCUCACUUCAAUAAUCUAGAAGCAGCAGAGGAAAUUAGUAGUCAUAUUUACGAAUUCAUCAAGAAGUUCAUGGAGAAAAUAGAACACAGAACAGUAGAAGUAAAUGGCAUCAAAAUGCAUGUAGCAGAAAAAGGAAACAAACAAGCACCAGUUGUUCUGUUCCUUCAUGGCUUCCCUGAACUCUGGUACUCAUGGCGCCACCAGAUUGUUGCUCUCAGUUCCCUCGGUUACCGUGCCGUAGCUCCAGAUCUACGUGGCUACGGCGACACUGAUGCUCCAUCUUCGAUUAGUAGCUAUACAAUUUUUCAUUUGGUGGGUGACCUCGUUGCUCUUAUUGAUUCACUUGGUGUUGAACAAGUUUUUCUUGUGGCUCAUGAUUGGGGUGCAAGCAUUGGUUGGUAUCUAUGCAUGUUUCGUCCUGAAAGAAUCAAAGCAUAUGUUUGUCUCAGUGUUCCCUUUCUCCGUAGAAACCCUAAAAUCAAAACCGUUGAUGGUAGGCGUGCUGCUUAUGGAGAUGAUUAUUAUAUCUGCAGGUUUCAGGAACCGGGCAAAAUGGAAGCAGAGAUAGCUGAGGUUGGCACUGCAUAUGUACUGAAAAAUGUACUCACAACUCGCCAAACUGGUCCACCGAUACUUCCGAAGGGGGAGUUUGGAAUUGGGUUUAAUCCAGAUACCCCUGAUAGGUUGCCCUCUUGGCUCACAGAAGAUGAUCUUGCUUAUUUUGUCUCCAAAUUUGAGAAGUCUGGCUUCACCGGAGGAUUGAACUACUAUAGAAACUUGAACAUAAAUUGGGAGCUCACAGCACCAUGGAGUGGCGUGAAAAUUAAGGUGCCCGUGAAAUUCAUUACAGGUGAUUUAGACAUGGUAUACACCUCCCCACACGUGAAGGAGUAUGUCCAUGGUGGAGGUUUCAAGGAAGAUGUGCCCAAUUUGGAGGAAGUGAUUGUGCAAAAAGGAGUGGCUCACUUCAACAAUCAAGAAGCGGCAGAGGAAAUCAGUAAUCACAUUUACGAAUUCAUCAAGAAGUUCUGAGCUGAACCGCGAAUGAAAUAAUCAGGCAAAUGUUGUUCUCUGCUUCAGUUUUACUGCAUUCACUUAAUAACAGCUGUGUCACUAGAUACUCUAGUUCAACCAGUAAGACACCUCUACAUAUAUCUCUAAAUACACAUAGGUUUGUAAUUGUAUGCAUAUUUCUAGACCACCUGCAUAUAUUACUCCAAUGGAUGUAUGUAUAUACUUAAAAUUGUAUAUUAAUUGGUAUGUUUUUUACCUUGAAAGUAUUAGCAUCAAUAAUAAUCUUGAAUAAGUUUAACUUUAUUUUUUUGAAAA